AUGUGUUGGGACGAGGAAACGUGGCGAGAUGACGCGACGCGUGGACAGAGGGCGCAGGGUUCGCGCGCGCCUGUUUCUGAGGAUCCCGAAAGUGUUUUUCGGGCAAGCGCAGCUGCUGCGUGCGAGGGAUGGCACACGAUUGCUCCGCUUUCUCUUGACGUUUUGGCAGCGCUCGACGGAGCUGAAGGCGACCGCCGACAGGCAGGCAGGUGUGAGGAGCCUCCAGAGAUUCCGCAAACGCGGCAGACACAGCCUUGCGUCUCAUGCUCGAGGUCUUCGUCUCCCGGCUCUGGGGAAAGUUCGGACACCCGCCUCCGAGAGAAGGACGGCGGAGAACAAGACGACGGGAAUUCGGGAAGUCACCCUGGCUCUGGCCCCUCUGUGCGACUGGCGGGGCUUCCUGGAGAGGGCGCCCGGAGGCUUCCGAACCAGACGCGCGCUCCCUCACACACUGUCGGGUUUUGUGCGCCGCCUCUUUCUUCCUCUCCCGUCCUAAAGGCGGUGCGUUUGUUUGUCUCCGCAUUUGCGUCUCUUCCUUCUCGUCGAGAGUCGUGCAGCGUCUGCGUUCUUCUUCCGGAGGCGUGGCGGCAAGCUCAACGUGGAACUGCCGCGGACAGCGCAGAGGCGCCUCGGCCGGAAGCGAACGCUCGCGGAGAGGAAGGCGAGGCAGGCAGAGACAAUUGCGCCGCGAGCGCAGCGGGGGAGGCAGCAGGGAAGGCAUGCAUGCACGAUGGAAGUGGCGACAGUGGGGGCUUUCCGGGACCUCCAGAGAGGCGGCGCGCUCGACAAGGAGACUUCGUCGACGUGUUGCUGGGGCCACGUGCUUCGUCGAUGUCUUGCCAAACCUCAGACAUCUUGGUGUGCUCCGCCGGCGAUUUGCGGCGGCGCCUGUUGUCAGUUUUCGACGCGCAACAACCCGUGGGGGAGCGGCGCCAGCGCAGGGGGCUCGUCGCAUCCCAGCGGGGAGAGGUGGAAACGGAGAAGAAAGAGAACGACGCGAAACAGGCGGAGGACGACGCAGAUCCGCAUGGCGCGGAGGACGGCAGGCGCAGGCCAGGCGAGGGCAUUCGUGAGGCUGCCGGUCGGCGUGAGGGAGACGAGAAGGACGAAGAGAAACCAGAGAAACUGAUGUGUGGGAAGCUGAACGAACGAGAGAGAAGACAGGGAGGAGAGGGCGACAUGCCGUGUCUUCUGCAGAGGCAGCCGGGAGAGACAGACAUCUCAGACGAAGAGGACCGGUGUUUGACGGGCUGUGGAAGCUCGGGCGCGUCACCAGGAAACGGAAGCCUCCCGGAACGGAAAGGCGUGGCUGUGAACACCCAACGCCGCCUUGUCCUCGUCGUUCCUAUCCGGCGAAGUCGCCUUCCGCCGAGUGCGUGGAAGCUGCCGUUGCGCGGCAUUCAAAAGUGUUUGAGGAAAGGAGAAGGUUCAGGGUUUUCGCGGGUACUGCGCGAAUGCCGCCACCAGCGUCUCGUCCCCGGCCCCGCGCUCUCACUCAAUCUCGGCGACGAGCUGGAAGAGACACUUCAUCUUUUUUGCCUGUGGACACAAGGUGGACGCCGAAUGGCUGAAGAGGCGCCGGAUGCACAAGGCAACGGCGCAGCCCCUCGUGGUGCCGGAGAGGCCAGUGCGGGGCGCGAAACAAGAACGCAAAAAGAAGGAAAAGAAGAGAGAAUAGCAGAAGGAAAAGAGAGAAUACAAGGAGAAGACAGAAUACAAGAAGGAGAACAAAGAGAGAGAGUCGAAGACGGAAACCAACAAGGAAUGGAAGGGGGAGAAAUAGGAGACAAAGGUCCAGAGAAUCAGGAAGGGGGCGAAAGCGGAGAGUCACGGGAAGCGGGAAGGCGAGGCUCGACCCAGGGGGUGAGCAAGUGGAGCAUCAGUAUCGCGCUUCUGCUUCUUCCUUCCAGCGAUAUUCUUUUUGGAAACGCGAAAGGGCUUGAAUGGAGAGCCGACGAAAUUCGCGCGACGCAGGCAUGGCUUUCGCGUUGUCUGGGGACCGAUUCCGACUCCAUUCGUGUCUUUGCGCCUGUCGCUGCCGCUGCGUCGAGGCCCCUGGGCGGUUCCCCACGGAACGCACCGAACCUCCAGGCCGCGCCAGAGGCGUUCGCUGCGUUCCGCGCGUCCUCGGAGCGGUCGCGGAGUGCCUGGCGCCUUCUGGACGGAAUCCCCGCGUCGGCGAACGGGCGAGAUAUCCCGUUAGACGGACAGAUGUUCUUCGACGCUGCACCACCUCUGGACGGUCUUCGCGACGCGUGCCUCACCUACCAGCGAGCGGCCGGUCUGGUCGUUCUUUUUUCGCACCCCGAUUUUCGUGCCGGUGCCCAAGAGGAGCUGGAUCGCGCCCUCUCCAGAACGUCGCUCUAUCGUCUGUGGGUUGCGCGCCAAUACGCCCGCUGUCUUCAUCCCGUGGACCGCUUCAGCCGUCAGACUCAGAUAGCUGCGCUGCGGCGCGCUCUGACGCGCUCUGUCACGCCCUGUAACUCGACAACGGGAUCGACUGAGAACCCGCAUUUGCGCGCAUGUCUUCUCUCUUUUUCCGCUUCCUCCGGCUCCUCACUCGAAGGGGGAGCGAACGCGGAGAGACAGGCGACUCUUUCCCAGGAGCUCGGCGGAGAUGCCGCGACGAAGCGCGGCAGCCUCUCACCAGCUGCAGCGGAACUCGCCGGACCAUCCGCGGUGCGGCGCCUCGCGGCGGAGGCGAAUCAGCGGGCACAGGCAGCCGAAUUAUUUGCUGCGGAUUCUGGCACAUGCACUCUGGCGCGUCUCCUGGUGGAGAAGGAAGCGAAAGAUAACGUCCUCCAGCAAACCCGCAGGCUCGCCGCAGUGGAACUGAGAGCCCACUUCCACCAGUCGGAAGCGCGCGCGAUGCAUGCGCACUUCAUGCGGGUCUUUGCCCAGGCGCCGAGUCAACGUUCUACGAGCGGUCGCCCCACGCGACUCCCGGCCAGGGAGCUGGAUCCGAACGCCACUCUCGACGAAAGAGAAGAAGACGAAGAACCAGAGGAGCGAGACGAAGAGCGACAGGGAGAACCCGCGGACGGAGAAGAACAACGAGAGGAAAAACGAGAAGACAAAGGCGACGCAGCACGCGAGGAGCGAGAAGGCGCAGCCAAGGAAGGCCGAGGGAGAAUCAACGACGGGGAAGCACGAGGGCCGACAUGUGGAGACGUGGACUGCCUGGGUCGAGAGGCGAAACAAGGAUGUAGAGGCCUAACGAACGAUGCAGAAGAGACAGCGUGUCGGGCCCCGACCUUGGCGGCUUGCGAGGCGAGAACGCCGAGUUCGUUUCAGUCGGACGGAGCGCCAAAGCAGGCAGAGAACGGAGACGAAUCGGCUGGCGGAUGCGGAGCCCACCAUGAGACAUAUACACCUCAGGUGUCUGGCGAGGUGUUGAAGCAGCGCGAGCGGCUCUGGCGCGCUCAGCAGCUUUUGCGGGGCCCUUGCGGAGAACGCUGGAAGGUGGAGGAGAGGCCGAAGGGAGACACGCCAGACGCGCCUGAGUGCCGCGAGACAGGCCAAAGCAAAGAUGACGCAGUCGACCGUCUGCUGCGUCUCUACGCAAAGCGAAAUCUGGGCUCGAGGGAGAAUGUGGAUCGACAAGAGCGCCUCUUCACUGUUCGUUUCGGCCCGUGCAAAGAAAAUCCGCUGCACACGUUCAGGCGCCUCACGCACGUCAUGCUCCUUGCCUCUGCCUCUCCGAGUUUCGUCCAUGGGCCUCGCGCUGACACUCUUUCCGAUGCGUCCGCUGCCGUCUCGCUUCGUGGAGGUUUCGCAUCUCCGAAUGCGCACACGCUCGCGCGUCCUCUCGAGCCCCUCUCACGGUUUCCGGCUCCUGCUGAGACAGCUCAGAUCGAGAGCGCAACAAGCCUUACCUCAGACGCUUCAGUCCGCCCGCGUUCCUGCGUUCAACAUGCGCCGCUCCCCUCUGCCGAAAGAAGCCGCGCCGCGUGGACGCUUCCCCCAAACCCCUUGCUCUCUUCUUCCUCUCGAUCGCGUUCUCUUCCUCGGAUCUCGCGCGGUCCAGGCCUUCCCUCUUCUUCUCCAGAAGUGCCAGAGGCCUGCAUGCCUUCACCGCCGAUGCCGGAUUCUCUUCCGGCUCCGGUGCCGCUCCGUUCAUCCCCUCUGGCGGCUUGGCUAGCCCAGUGCAUGUGCCUGCAAGUCGUCAAUUCCCUCUGGCUGCUGCUGGUCCUCCAAAACCGCAGCGUCCUCUCGCCGCGCACUUCCCUGGCGACCUUCGCAGCCGUCGUGUACGCCGUCAGCGAGCCGCCGGGGCUCCGCAGGGCUCUGCGCAGCUUCCUCGCUCGACGGGGACCAACUGCAUGCGCGGUCGCGGACGCGCAUGCAGCGGCCGAGGCGCUGGAAGACGCCAGCGAGACGAGAGGUCCGCGGGGCGGUGUAGCGCCGCUCCAAGGAACGGGCCGAGGGCGAACGCGCCGGCAUCGGGAGGAACUCAAACGCAGAGAGCGGCAAAGGGAAGCCGUGCGGCGAGCGACGCGCGACUCCCUCGCCGCGGAGACGGCUGCCAGAGGCGCCGUGUGUCCUUUUAAAGCGCGAGGUUCUGCGCACCUCCAGGAGCUCCUGGCCGCUCUACGAAAGCCUCGACAUAAACUGCUCUAUCUCCAGACUAAAUGCGGCGUGGACAUCCCCGUCCCUCUCACUCGCCGCGCCGUGGCCGCAAGCGUGGAGACUUGCAUGCUGCUCGCAGCUCGCGGCCGGUCGCAGCGCCGUCUGGAGAGAGACCGACCGUCUCCGUUUCUCGGCCGUCGGCAGACAGAGACGCUUGCGCCGAGCGAGAACGACGUCGAGCAAGCCGGUGAGGCGAAUCCGGAUCUGGCGCCUCUUGCGUCUUCUGAAAGAAGAGACACGGCGGAGGUGUCUCCGCCGUGUCCCCCCGCUGACGCAACGCCCGUCCGAAACGCGCACUCCUCGGACGGCGCUUCAUCUCUCCAUGCCGAUUCCCCAUUUGCGAACUUGAACCGCGACAAAAUCGAACCAGGGGGAUUUGUGUUUGCGAGACGCGCCGACGCCGCGCUCUCUCGAGGGGGCUGCGGUCCGGCUGCCAGAAUCGACGAGGGCGCAGCCGAUCAUAUCGGCAGUUUUUCCGGGGUGGAGACGAGAGCGCGCACGGUGGAAGACGCGUUUGCCAGGAGAGAGCCGUGCGAGUGUGCAGGCGCAUGGAGGAAAGUGAUUCUUCGCCAUACGCUGCAAGUGCUCAGGCAGGUUGCUCAGCUGCCGACGCGUUCUGGCGGAGGCGUCGGACAGGAAAUCAUUGCCAAAGCAAACCAAGCGGCCCAACUCCUCGCUUCAACAUGUCUCGACUAA